GAUGGCGGCGCCAAGAUGGCGGCCCAAGAUGGUGGCGCCAAGAUGGCGGCCUGGGCACGGGGGGUGCGGGGGUUGCUGCUGGAUAUCAGCGGGGUGCUCUACGACAGCGGCGGCGGCGGCGGCGGGGCGCCCAUCGCCGGCUCGGCGGAGGCGGUGCGGAAGAUCAAAGCAUCUGGUCUAAAGCUGCGGUUCUGCACUAACGAAACACAAGCGACCCGAGAGAAGUUUGUGAAGAAGCUCCAGGGAUUGGGCUUUGAUAUCUCCGUGGCCGAAGUCACUGCCCCAGCACCAGCAGCCUGCCGCCUCUUGAAGGAGCGUGGACUGAGGCCACACUUGCUCGUUCACGACGAUCUCGUCCCUGAAUUUGCUGAGAUUGAUAAAACAAACCCAAACUGUGUGGUUGUUGGGGAUGCAGCAGAAAACUUCUCCUACGCAAACGUUAAUGAAGCUUUCCGAGUUCUGAUUGGAUUGGAGAAGCCUGUGUUGAUCUCCCUUGGAAGAGGACGCUACUAUAAAGAAACUGAUGGCCUGAAACUUGAUGUUGGAGCAUAUAUGAAGGCAUUAGAGUAUGCUUGUGAUGUUGAAGCUGAGGUAGUGGGAAAACCAGCAAAAGCAUUUUUUGAGUCAGCCCUAGCAGAAAUGGGAGUUCCACCACAGCAGGCCAUCAUGAUUGGAGAUGAUAUUGUGAAUGAUGUAGGAGGUGCCCAGCAGUGCGGGAUGAGAGCUGUUCAAGUGCGGACAGGGAAGUACAGUGUGCAAGUUAAAGCAGAGAAAAAUUACUUUGAGGCUCUUCCAGCUGUCUCCCCAUAAAAUCAGAAACAGCUUUCAGAUACGUCAGUGCAUCAGACUGAUUUGUGACAGGGCAGAAGAAUUCCACCUCUCUCCUUGCUGUUGUUUACAGGGUUUGAUUUAUAGGUAAUGAGCUCUACUCAGAAGAAGGCCUUUGCAGCGGUUACUGUGGAUAUCCAGAGAUUGUGCUCUUUUGAUUUCCAUGCUGAUACCAAAGUGGAGAUGUUUGGAGUAAGUUUGGCUGUAGACAGAAGUUUGCAGUGGCAUUUCUUGACUGUGCCAGAGUUUGUGCUGUGCACUCGAAAAUAACCCUGAGGUGGCAGUGUUCGUCUCUCGAUGUCACCUUUCCAUAGCUGGUGUGUGGGGUAGCCAGGAGCGUUCACAGCAGAAGUACCCGCUGUCCCUGCUGGCCUGUGCGACAUCCCCGAGCUCUCUCAUAAUACUACACGUAAAAGAUGGAGCGGGGAUAAAAGGGGCCUGGGACAGCUGCCAUCUCUUGCUAGCUCUGCCACUGUGCUCUGGGAGAACUGGGUCAAGUUACUUCAUGUUGCCCUUCCUCGGUUUCCCCGCUUUAUAAUUAUCCUCUGAGAAUAAUUAUCCUGACUGUAUUAAGUAAGUGGCUUGUGAGCUUGUGAGCUCCUCUUAUCUGACUGAAGAAAACAUACAGAAUUUUAGAGAUUUAAAGGAAAUCGGCUUGCCAGAUGUGAUCAAGACAGAAGUUGUGACAGAGGAAGAUCUUUCAGGCUGACAUCAUCAACUGACUAAGGAUUCAGAAAAACAGGGGUGGGUCUUUAUAACAACCUCCUAAAUGAAGUUAUUAAACGAUUCUAAGAAGCAAAUUUCCACCCAGAGAUAAAUUCACAGCUAUCACAGCCUGUAAUAGUAAAUGAAAGAUCACGACACCUUUUGCAAAGAAACAGUCGCAUCUUACUGCUCUGCAAAGAUCUUGAAACAGAAGCAGCAUCCCUCCCACCCUCGCUUUCUUGUUCCCUGAAUUACUAACCACAGCCAAGAUGAACAAAUUUAUUAGCUUUGUGUUUCAUGGGUCUUGAUGGAGCAUACCAGAAGUGCGUAAUGAGAACUAACGCACAGAGGCACUCCCUUUAUGCUGAAAGAGAACCAGAGGCAUUUGGAUGGCCUCGCAGUCCUGAUAAUUAAGCCUGUUUCAAGUACUAAACGGAAAGGCUUCCAACCCAUAUUUGCACUAUAAAUGGUGCAUUAUGAUUUAUGGUAGUGUCUUAAGUAAUGUUUAUUAACAUCUAGUGUCAGCAAGUCGGUUCUCCUGUGGUGUGAUAGCUGAUUGCAGUAAAUCCGAAGGCAUGGACUUAGUCACCACUUAUUACAUGUUCAAACCACAGUUUGUUCUGUCCACGUGAGGAGCUUCACGUGUGUAUAUCGGCAUCUUGACCACACUUGGGUUACUGUAAUCUUUGAAUCAGCUUUGCGAAGGAAGUUCGGAGUUAAUGCUGCAGUUCUUUAGCGUAGUAACGCUCAUCUGAUGGCAGCCUUAAUUUUUCCCAGUAUAUUCAUAAAGUCCAGACAGAAAUUACACUUUAAGGCUCUGGUGCUGUAGGAACGAACGGCCUAGGAGAAGAUGUAAGUUCUUGCUGCUUGCUGAGCCAGCAGCGCCCCCUCCCCGGCCGUUCAAAAACAGCCCCUAAGGGAGCGCGGCGACCAGGGCGGGCAAACGGGGUGGGCAAACAGGGC